AUGUAUUUGGGUACUAAGAUUGAUCAAGAGAAGAGACUUGAUAACCCUAAAUCAUAUCGGUAUGUUGUUAAGCUUGGGGAUAAGCUUCCUGAACAUGUUGAUUGGAGAGAAAAAGGUAGUUGCUGGGCUUUUUCGACUAUUGCUGCGGUGGAAGGUGUUAACAAAAUUGCUACUGGAGAAUUGAUCUCACUCUCCGAACAAGAGUUGGUGGACUGUGAUACAUCUUACAACCAGGGAUGCAAUGGAGGUCUCAUGGAUUAUGGGUUCCAGUUCAUCAUUAAGAAUGGUGGAAUCAAUACCGAAGAUGAUUACCCUUACAAGGCUAAAGAUAACAAAUGUGAUGUCAACAGGCUUGUUAUUUCGUGGAAAAACUCUCAUGUAGUGAUUAUUGAUGGGUUCGAGGAUGUGCCCGUAAAUGAUGAGAAGGCUUUGCAGAAAGAUGUGGCAAACCAUGUUGUCAGUGUUGCCAUUGAAGCUGGUGGCCGAGCUUUCCAACUCUACAAAUCGAUAAUUUAUGGUUCUAAUAUGAUGUCUGCACGGUCAUGUUUACCCAUCUGCCCCACUGAAUAG